UUAGUGAAUUUUGUUAUUCGGCUCAAGGGCAACUAAUGGACUUUUAUUCAGCCUUUGAAAUAAUAUAGGUGAAUUCAUUCAUGUUCUAACGUUAUGAAGAGUAGGUUGUUUAGGAUUAAAAGUUUAUAUGGUUGAAAGGUUGACAGAAUGUAAUACCACCAUCAUGUAGUCAGUGAUGUGAAGGACAGUCAUUAUUGUGAACUAUAUAGGAUGACCUCAUCUCCAUCAACUUUUUUCAUUCCCAUCAAAUCUCUAUACAGUCAUCAUAAGGAUUAGCACAGAUGAGUACAGAAUGUCUGGUUGGAAUAGCCUUUCGGGAUACCUCCAUUUUCGACCUGGAGGAGGUGGUCUGAGUAUUUUGAAAACAAAGCGUAAAGUUUGGUGUGUCCUUGAUGAAGGUCAAUGUAAAUUAGUAUAUUACAAGAACGAAGAAGAAUUACGACAUAACAAAACACCGAUAGGCAGUAUUAACAUUAAAGGGGCAGGAAUAUCACUGGAUUUAGAUACACAUAACCAGUUUAUUAUCUUAUCUGAUGGAAAAGAAUAUAUCUUCACUGCUGAGAACCAUGAAAGCCUGAUGAUAUGGUUGAUAGGACUACAGGCAAAGCGUGAAUCCUAUAUUAAAGAUCAAAAUAAAGUGGUAACAGCCCCAGAGGGCAAGUCACACUGCAAUAAGAGAGUUAUCGGUAUAGAUAAUUGUGAGUCUAACAUACCAAUGGGUGUAACAAGAAGAAAGGUGAAUUGGCAGACUUAUAAAAAUCAGAAAGUGGCAGAAUCUCUCGACUCUGCUCUCUACAGAACAAAAAACCAUCAAGAAGCAAGUAGAUCUAGGUCACUGCCACCUGUUUUUGAAGCAAUGGAAGCACCAAAGUUAUCGUCUGCCCAUACCACCUUGUGUUUAAGCAGAAGUUAUGACGUACCGAGGAAAUACACAAUAGCAGGACUAGAAAACUUAUCUCGUUCUUUCCGAGACCAAGGUCAUAAGAGGUUAUUACAAAGACGAGAGUCUAGCAGCGGAGAUAGCGACGAGGUGUUUGACCUGUCGGAACAAUACCAACAAAGUGAUGAUAGACAUUAUCUAGCGUACUUACAAAAACUAGAUACAAUUGAUUCAGCCAGUGACAGUUCACCAACGAUUGAUCCUGUGGAAAGGAAAGAAGUUGGAAGUUGCAGUUCAUUGUCCAGUGAUUCAGCAAUAGACAGAGGUGAUGCAAGCUCAGCAGAAUUGGCUGGACGUUUACAGGACCUGGAGAAAGAACUCAUAUCAACAAAAUGUGAGCUUGCCAAGGUUAUGAACAGACAAUCCAGUUACCAAGAGUUACUGGUUCAGAGAGAAGAUGCUAUUAGAUUCUUAGAGGGAAGAUUAGAUACUUCGUCAGUCAGUGAACUUGCAAAGACAGGGUCUGGCAAGUCAUCAUCGAAGAACGACAAAGAUUUACAAGAAAGAUUGAGAGUGCUGCAGAAUCAGAAUAAAUUCCUAAAUGAAGAAGUGAAAAAAUUGGCAAAAUUACGAGAGACAGAUCGUAACAGUUUUUAUCAACAAGAGGAAAAAAUAAGAACAUUAGAGGCAGAAAUAGAAAAAUGGAAACUGGAUUAUGUCCUACUUAUACAGUCAAGUAUUAGGUUCCCUACAGGUGAUAGCGUGGAGGAUGCAGAACUCAUUCUGUUUGGAGGAGAUAGGCAUAAAAUUAGGAUUAAAAGGUUGCUUGAAGAAGCAAGAAGGAUUAAUCCAGGACUGCCAACUUAUGAAAGUUUGAGUAAUCAGGAAGUUCAUGUAGAUAGUUAUGGAUUCCGACAUAAGUUUGAGGACCAGAGCCUACUACUGCAUUACCUGUGCCAGGAACUGGCCCAGCAUUAUCUGUCGCAGGCUGGAACAUAUGAGGAACAUCAGAAACGAUGGACUCAUUUCAUGAGACAACAUGGCAAAUCUAUUGCUAGUCAUCCAAAGGAGCUAAAACCAUUGUGUAGAGGAGGAAUCCCAGACAGGUUUAGAAAACAAGUAUGGAGACAGCUUGUUCAUUUCAAAUGUAAAGAUAUCAUGGAAGAGAAAGGACCACAUUACUUCAGGAAUUUAUGUAGUCACUUGCCUGAUUCUCCAUUGGCCUCUCAGUACAGGAAACAGAUAUCCUUAGAUCUGAUGAGAACGAUGCCAAGUAACAUCAAAUUUUCAUCUCCAGGCUCAAAAGGAAUAAUGGACCUACAAGAUGUACUGCUAGCUUACUGCUGCCACAAUCCAACCAUUGGCUAUUGUCAAGGAAUGAAUUUUAUAGUUGGUAUGGCAUUGUUGUUUAUGGAUGCACAAGAUGCCUUCUGGACUUUAGUGGCUGUUGCUGAGAAGUUCUUUUCCAAUCAUUAUUUUGACCAGAAUCUCAUUGGUGCUCAGGCAGACCAACAUGUGCUCAAAGAUCUACUGGCUCACAGACUACCACAACUUUAUAGACAUCUAGAGGCAAUUGAUAUAGAACUGUCAACUGUCACACUAAACUGGUUCCUUGCCAUAUUCUUUGAUGCUGUUCCUUUUAUGACAUUACUGAGAGUUUGGGAUUGCUUUUUGAUGGAGGGACCAAAAGUGCUGUUUCGAUUUUCGAUGGCAAUUUUGAAGAUUCAUGAAAAGGACAUAAUCCAGCGAUCAGAUACUAUCAGUGUUAUGAGACACGUGAAGGCCAGUGCCAAACUUUCCUUUGAUGUAGAAGGUUUGGUUAAGGUGGCUUUUGAAGGGCAGUUUACAAAGAGAAAUAUAAUAUGUACAAAACAAGCCUGUUAUUUAAAUACACUUAAGGAGAAAUAUAAAAAGAAAGAGCUACAGAGGCUUGCCUUUACUGAGCGAGAACAUCUGUAUAUGCAAAUGGAGGCAGAAUCUGGCAAUUUUAUGGCAAUAGGUACAGCAGUUGUCUUUGAUGAAGGUAAGGUUUGGUAUUGCUAUGGUGACCAGCAUAUUGGAAAAGUAUGUAAAGUCACAUGUGAGGAAGGUCUGAUGUUUGAUAUGCCUGUGCAGUUUGACACCAGAAUAAUGUGUAUGUGCAGAGUAAAUGCUAACGUUGUCUUGGUUGGUACACUGUCAUGGGUUAUCUAUGCUUACAGUGCAGUCACAAGAGAAUGUUUAUGGAGUUUACGUCUGAAUGAUGCCAUCUUGUCACUGUGUGUUUACUGUGAUGAAGAUUCACCAAAUAUCAGAAUUUUUGCAGGGUUAGCAGAUGGAACAUGUGCUGUUUUAGAGCAACAAAGUAUCGAGAAGCCAGCUCCAGGGAAUGAUGUUAUGUACAUUUCCAUUGGUCAAGCACCUGUGGCUUGUCUUCUGCUAUUGGAUGAAAUGCUAUGGUGUGCUAGUGGUAACACAGUUUAUAUUAUACAUGCAAGUCUUUCGGAAAACAUAACACUCGAUGGAAUGGACAAUUUUAAUGUAUCUGUUAAUCCAUAUGAUCAUAUCCUAGCCAUGGUGUCAAGUGAAUAUGGAAUCUGGAUCACAUUGAGAGGGUCAUCUAUUCUGGAACUGUGGGAUCCACGAUCACUCCACUGUAAAAUGUUGUAUGAUACCAGAACAGAUCGAUAUCCACAGCUCAGAAAGGAGGAUGACACAUACUUUAACAGAUCAAGGAUCACUGCUGUGAUGGAUAUGGGACAUUCCGUUUGGAUCGGCACAGGGGAGGGAAAUAUGAUGGUAUAUGAGGUAGCAGAACACAUAAACUUUAAAACUCCAACAACAGACAUGUCACCAUCAAUAGACACUCCAUCAAGUCUGUCGGGGAAAUUGUUUCUAUCUCCAAGUCCUAGAAAUGGUAGUUCUUUAAGUUCAAGGGGCAGGAGGCGUAAAGAUAGAGAAAGAAGCAGAAGUAAAAGUCCACGUGAAAGUAUAGCAAAACCUUCUUUCUCAGUAGGAGUGGAGGAAAAUACAGGAAAAUGUAUAGAUAAAGUAGAUAAAAAGCCACUCAAAAGAAGCCUGUCUAGUGAAAUUUCUAUUUCUCAAUUACAAGUUAAGUCUUUGGAAGUUUCUAACCUUGCUUCUGAUACCAAUUCAACUGGAUCUGUGACCCCUAAAAAUGUUUCUCCUCGUUUAAAGCAUCUGGAAAAGAAACCAGCUAUUGAAAGAAAUAUCUUAGAAGAACGAGACAGUUCGACUGAAAGUUAUGAGAAAGAAAGACGAGAUAGUCAUGGUAGUGUGAUAGAAGUUCGUAAAAAUGUAGAAAAUGAUGAAAAAGAGGCUGAUCAACCUGUAAACGAAAAUGAAGAGAAAGGAAAAAUAGUUAAGGAAAUAUCUCUUGAUUCUGAAGAAGGGGAUUCAAAGAUGGCGGGAAAUGGAGAAGAAAAUCAACCCCAAGAAAUAAGUCAUGAUGGGAAUCUACAAAAUCGACCUACUGACCUGAAGUUAAAGGUCAAUAAUAGAAGGAAUUGGUUGUCAUCAAACAAAGGCAAAGGUCAAAACUUCAUAGAUGAACUAGAUAUUGCACUUACACAGUUAAAUGGUGUAAUAGACAAGGCAAAAUCAAGAAAUGGAUGUGUAUCCUCGGGUCAAAAGGUCAUUGGAAAAGAUGAGCUUUUGCAGACAGACAGAAAGGAAGAAACGGAGGAAAAGAAAAGUACACAGAAAAGAAGUGAAGAAAACACACACAAAUUUGUUAAUGAAAACGGCUAUCUUGAAUGCAAUGGUGAAUCCAAUUUGGAAGAAAAUGUAGCUUUGGAGCAGAAAACUUUGUGCAACUUUGAAGAAAUAUCUCGACAUCACAAGGUCAACACAUGGCUCAGUUCGCUUGAAGAGACAGAAAAGUUGGGAGAGUCUGAACAGGGGGCGGAGCAAGAUAAUAACAGUUUGAAUGAAAGUGGUUUUUCUGAUUCAAGUAUAGCGCAAGAUUCAGACAAUAUGCAAUCUCAGAGUUCUAAUGAUAAAUCAGAUAAAAAGAAUGAACAUGAUACAGUGAAAACUUCCCCUGAAAAAACAAAGGAUUCUGUUGAAAAAUUGAUACUAACAAAGCAAAACAGCGUUCAGUCAGAUAAUAGUAGUGGUAAAAAUAGUAAAAAUAGUGACAGUUCUUCCCCUCGGAGAAAAUCAGUUAACUCUGAUGAAAGUUCUAAUAACAAAGGUUCUAGAUUACGUACAAAGAGACUCUCUGAGAGAAUGAUUGCAUACAAUAAUCGACAAAAGACUAUGGAGAGGAUAGAAUCUGUCGACAGUGAAAUGGCAGCAGCUGCUGCCAAAAUUGGGUCACAUGACCCUGAAGUUCAGUAUAGACUUGACUUUUCUGGAAUGUACAUAGAAACUGAUUCUGAAAUGGAUGGGGCUAGACAAUCUAGAUCAGAUUCAAUUAGUGAUCUAAGUCUGUUAGAAUCUCGUAGACAAAGUGCAAUGGAAGAGCCAUUUACGCCUGCAAUGGAUAAAGUAUUUAUGAUGGAAUUGAACAAACUAGAUAAUUGGACAAUUGCUAGUGCUAGUGCUAGUGCGAGUGCUAGCAACUCAGCUGUCACCACUCCGGCAGAUACAAAAAUGUUAGAACUGAUGCAAACACCAAGUCUGAUGAGCAGACACAUAUCGGUAAAUAAAGUAGCUCGUGAAAGGCUGGACUGGAAUGAUAUAAGUAGCAAUAAACUAUCAAUUACAAGUGCUCGUAGCUCCAUGGAUUUCAAUAAGGUACAAGAUUUUCUUCGUACUCCAAGCAUCAGCAGUAAAGCUAGCUCUGUUUGGUCAAGUUACGAUGAGAUAUCAACUCCCUCUGUUAAGGAUGACGAAGUAGAUGCAGAUGGUUUCGGAAGACGAAUACAGACUUUAAGUGGAUUGAUUUCUCAUACAACAAGUAAUUCCUCUCUAUGUAGCAUGGUGGAUUCACUGUAUACUGUGGAUGUGACAUUACAGGCAAAAGUUAAAAUAUCAGAUAAACCUGUGCGAAGCUUUGUCAAAACAAGAAGUUGUGGUGAGCCAUGUGUUAUAAGCUUUUCUGGUUGCUAUGGAGAUGAUGAAUCUGUUUUAAAAUGGAGGAAAGAACCAAAUGAGCGCUUGUGGACCAAUGAACCAGUUUUAGUGAUGUGUCCAAAGACCAAACAGACAAUUUUACCAUCAUACAUGAGAGGGAGACUGUCCAGUAUUUCAAGUGGAUCAAGUACUCAGAGUGGCUUUAGCUUUCAUAGUGCAAAUUCACAAAAUAGGAUGCAUUAGUUAUGUAGAAAUUCCAUAAAUAAAACUACAAUUGAUUCAUAUAAAGUGCUGAUAUUAGAUUCAACUUGAAGACAUUGAAUUUAAGUUGAUGACAUUGAAUUUGACUUGAUAACAUUGAAUUUAACUUAAUGACAAUGAUUUAACUUGAUGACAUUGAAUUUAAUUUGAUGACAUUGAAUUUAACUUGAUGACACUGAGUUUAACUUAAUGACAUUGAAUUAAAUUUGAUGACAUUGAAUUUAGCUAGAUGUAAAUGUGCUGAAACCAUAUUCCAUAAUAGUUCAUUUGAAAAUAAUCAUAUUUGAAUAUACAUGAUCUAAGUACAUGUAUUGGUAUGUGUACAAUUGAACAUUUCAUUCCUAACGGAUUUAGGUUACUGAUUUAUUAUGGUGCACCUCAGUAUCAUCAUGUGAAAUUUGUAGCUGUUCAUAAUUCUUGGGCAUUCUGAAAUAUGUUUCAAACACAUGUUUUAUGACAUUGCAAUAAAAGAAAUGUAUAGAAUUAUAAAACGUAUUUGUGUGUAUUGAGGGUUAUAUGCAUGAUUACUGGUAAAAGAAAAUUUUGACACUAAUGUUUUUUAAGUAAGGUUGUAACUGUGCAAUUAUAUUUUAUAUACCAAUAUAUUGUAUCAUAUUCUUUACAUUCCAAUAUAUUAGAUAUUUUAACUUUUGUUAAAGAGUCUUCCAUAUAUAUUAUUAUAUACCAUUGAUGUCUUCCAGUUCAGUAUACUUGUGCAUUUAAAGUAAUUAUUUUAUUGAAUAAUUAAUUUUUUGUUCUGUAAAUUUUGAUUGAUCAGUGCAAUUUUUUAUAAUGUCUGAUGAAAAUUAUUUUAUGCAUUAUAUUGGUCAUAAUUUUGUAAAAUUAUUAUAUUUUACACUAAAACGUCUCAAAUUAUUUUUUUUAACUGGAGUACUAGGUAUGAUAUUUAUUAUUAUCUUAUUCUUAUUGAAUUGAAAUAGGCCUAUAAAAAUUUGAAGUAUAAUAGCAUUUAUGACGAGUUUUGCAUCAACAUUUAUUUUAUAAUUUUGUCUUGCUGAAAUUUUCAUGUAUAUUGACAUACAAAUUAUUCUAUUGCAAAAUUUUUGCAUUAAUAAUGUGAAUUUUGUAUUAUGGCCUCAUAUGCCUCAUAUAUGAAAAAUUGUCAGAAGAUGUAUGAAAAAGAUUGUUGUACAUGCAUGUAUAUGUAAUUAUUGUAAAAAAAAAUGGUGAGGGGUCGUUUAAACUUGCCGGAACAAUUUGCAAUAAUUUAUGUACAAAGAGGUGUGUAUUUUUGUGAUGUCUUGUGAAAAUAUAGAGUCUUUUAAAAAAUCUUCUUUUCUUUCAAAAUUGCGUUUAAAUUUUUGAUCUAAACAAUUUUUAAUGUGUUUGUUUUAGGCCAAAGCUGAUAUAAAAAAAAAUAACUAGAUUGAAAUAGUUUGUAUUUUUAAAGUACGGCUGAUAGAAUGAACUGUUUAAUAUUUGACUAAAAAUCUUUAAAAAAAAUGUGACAGUUAAUUUUCUUCUAUAUUACAGAAACAAAUAAUUAAAGACUUUGAAUACCAAUUCAUUUGAAGACUAAGGGGGAUAAAAUCUCAAUAAACUGUGCCUUCAAAUGUGUAUGUAUAUAUAAAUAUUAUGUAAAGAGUUUGAUACUAAUUUUAGAUAUGUUGCAAUAUUUCUAGUCAUUCUCAUCUUUUUGUAAAUAAAAAACAAUUGUUGGAAAGAUCAAGUUGUUUGAUUGUAUGUUAUUUCUUGUAUGUAAGAAUGGGAAAUAAGCAAAAGUCAAAUAAAUUGUUUUGUUUUUUUAGCACCAGUGUUAUAAAAAAGACUAUUUUGGAAGAGACUCAAGUUUUUAUACUGUUCCAUGACAGAUUGCAUUUUAACAAUUUCAUAUUUUUUUUUUAAAUUUCACUUCAAAAUUGCUUGAGAUAUAGUGAGGAGCUUUUCAGAUAAAAAAAAUGGAGCCUUCAAAUGUUUAGACUAGUGUCUGGGGAAAUCAAAUUAUCCAUCUUUGCAGAGGUCAAAUAUUCAAUGUCAAAUAAAAACCUCAUGAAAUUUUCUCUCAUCCAUCACCCUCUUUUGACUAUAGGUACUUUUUUAUUAAAUUUAUGUUAAAACACUGUACCUUUAGGUUGGAAGUCAUAUCAUUUGGAAAUUUAAAAGGUUAAUGCCUACAGUAUUUUUUUUAACUAUGUUUUUUUCUAAUUUUUUAUCAAAGUUUCAAAAAAAAAUUUUCAAAAAAAAAGGUGAGCUUUUAAGUACACAUUCCAAAAAAAUUAAAAAAAUUUCUUCACAUUUGCUUCCAGUUCUUACAUAUUUAGAUGUAACAAAAUGUUGAAUGUAAAAGGAUAAUACUGUGAUUGCCAUAGAUGUGAUAUUGUUAAAAUUGAGAUAAUCAAGGAUCAAAGAUGAGGGAAAUACAACUAGAAAAAUACCUUAAGUAGAUUGUUUUUGAUUGUUUGUUAUUGUUAAUUUUUCAUGUCCAUUGUUAUCAGUUAGCAAUAAAUCUUAUUGAAUAAAGAA